UGCGUUUCCGCGCUUGUUAGCCGUACUUUCGCUACUAAUAACUCUCCUCACCUUUUGCCUCCCCUUUCGCUCCGUUCUCCGACGCUUCCUCCCCUUCCUCCGAUCGCUCCGCUGAAACAAAAUCAUGGGGGAUGAAGGGCCUUGCGCCGGCCUCAGAGCCCAGAUCACAGAGCUUGAAUGCAAAUUGUCACAGUCGGAGCUCUCAAACUUUGUAGCCAGCCAAGAAAUUGAAAACCUCAGGAGGGUUUCUCUCAUGCACAGGGAAACCCUGGCUCGGCUACAGGAAGACAACAAGAUCCUCAGAGAGAGAGAGCUCAGGGAUCAAGAAACCAUCGAGGGUUUGUUGGGUGAAAUCGAGAAGAAAGAAAGAGAUUCGAGGGAGAAGCUUCUGGAGCUUGAGCGCGAGAAGAAGAGGGCGCAAGAUGAGGCCUUUGAGUGGAAGAAUAAUCAUUCUGGGGCGUCGAAGUUCAUCGAUGAGAUUGUUGCGGGGUUUGAGAGGAAAGAGAGGGAGUUUCGAGAGAUGGUUCUGAUGGUCGCAGGGCAGAAGAAGGAGGGCAUCGAGUCUCAGGCUCUGAGGGGUUCUGAAGAGAAUUGUGCUCUCGACGGAAAAGGGAAAGGAGAGGAAAUUUUUCAUGUUAAGGAGAAAGAGAAGGGGCAUGGAAGUGAGACUGAUUAUGAUGACGAGGUUCCUCUUAGCCAUUUUGCGAGGAAGAGACUUGCAGGUGGUUCUCAUUCUUCAAAACAAUGUCUUGUUUCCCCGAAGCCGUGGGAAUUUGCGAGCAAUGGAGGAAAAAGAACCUCUUCUGGUGAGGAAAAUGUGCGAAUUCCAUCAGGUUCAGCAAUGGGAGAACAAAAGGAGAGGCAAAAAGUUCCAAGGCCGAGGAAAAAACCUAAACUGACAGAUCUGCAUUGCUCGGCAUCAGCAAGAAAUCCUGGUUCUGCUGGCUUCAGUGGCGUUCUUGAUGGCGUAAUUCGAAGAUACCGCAAAAGCAUGGGUGAUCGUCAUUCUAUCAGGGACUUUAAUAACCAAAAAUGUCGGGCAUAUACUGGACGAACUCCAUCUCCUGAACAACGGGAAAAUGCAGUAAAGAGAGCUCUAACAUUUUGCAAAAGUUUGAGGUCUUGCAACCCCUCAUUCAUUAGAUCAAUGGCCAUGUCACAUGUCUCUGGUGGUUUUUGGUUUUGUCUUCCUGCGAACUUCUGCAAGGAGUACCUCCCUGCUAAUGAUCUGAAAAUGAUAUUAGUAGAUGAGAGGGGUUUCGAGUAUGUGGUCAACUACUUUGGCAGUAAAACUGCUUUUAGUGGUGGAUGGCGAGGUUUCGCUUUGGCUCAUAAAUUGGAAUUUGGUGACACGUUAAUAUUUGAAUUACAUGAGCCAGCAAGAUUUAAGGUUUAUAUUAUAAAAGCAAACCCACAGGCGCCAUGCGAAGACAGUUGAUGGCAAGGUUGCUAGUGGCCGGACCUACUAAUGCUGAAAAUCGAGAUUUAGAUAUAGUUGUCAUUCGAGUGAUCUCUAAAAGCUAGAAGCAAAAAUGGCAUAGAUGCAUGCCAUGUAUCUACUCCAUUUGCUUGCUGUUCGAUAGAUGCGUAAAAUAUGAGCAGCUUGCUUACAACAAUGAUGAAGUUUCCGUAAGUUGGAUAAAUCCCUGAAGGGUAGUUAUUUGCUGUUCUGUAAAUAUUGUGUGGUUACAUGACCUUUACAUGUGUAGUUUUAUUUUGUGUUAACUUUUUGUUAAUAACUUCAAGGAACGGUAGUUUGGUUGCUUGUGAAA